AUGUAUAAAGUAUAUAUAAUCCAUUUAAAAAGGGGCAGUGGGAUAAUUCAUUGUUUUCUGAAAAUAACCAGACAUUUUAGGGUUAAUCUCGUUUGGUCCUCCAAGAACCCGGAAACACAACAAUCUGACAGCUUGACUUCAUUUCGCCGGUUAUUGAAAGAGGGUCCUUACAUAAAGGCACAAUGCCUGACCUUUGGCAGGAUGCCAUGGACCAUGCUGUGACACUGGCCAGGAAAGCAGGAGAGAUUGUAAAGGAUGCUUUGCAGAAUGACCUGAAGAUCAUGUGCAAAAGCUCUUCUGUCGACCUGGUCACUAAAACAGACCAGAAUGUGGAGCAACUUAUUAUUACGUCAGUGAAUGAGAAGUUUCCUGAACACAGUUUCAUUGGUGAGGAGUCAGUGGCUGCAGGAGAACCUUGUGUUUUGACUGAAAACCCAACAUGGAUCGUUGACCCUGUGGAUGGGACCACUAACUUUGUGCAUGGAUAUCCAUUUGUUGCUAUAUCCAUUGGCUUUGCUGUCAACAAAAUGUUAGAGUUUGGUGUGGUUUAUAGCUGCAUAGAAGACAAGAUGUACACGGCUCAAAAAGGGAAGGGUGCAUUUUGCAAUGGACAGCCGGUGCAAGUGUCGGACCAAAAAGAGAUUAACCAGUCAAUCAUCGCUACAGAGUUUGGCUCUAAUAGAGACCCUGAUGCCGUUGAUAAGAUUUUCUCUAGCAUGAGGAAAAUCUUAUGCCUGCCAGUUCAUGGGAUACGUGGCGUUGGAUCUGCUGCCAUCAACAUGUGCUUGGUAGCAUCUGGUUGUGUCGAGGCCUAUUAUGAGAUUGGGAUCCACUGUUGGGAUGUGGCAGCUGCUGCAGUCAUAGUCUCAGAGGCAGGAGGAGUUCUCAUGGAUGUUGAGGGUGGCCCGAUGGAUCUGAUGUCUAGAAGAGUUUUGGCAGCUAAUAACAACAUCAUUGGAGAAAGAAUCGUUAAAGAGAUUGAGGUUUUUUCAGCUGUAAGAGACGAUGCACCUGUAAACCCUAUCAAAUAAACCUGGUUUUGAAUACAAGCUUCUGUGCUAUUGAAGUAUGGUACAUUAGUACAUUUGAAAUAAUGCAUCAAUGUUUAAUCUUUAUGUUGUGUAAAUGAUUUCUGUCUCACGAUGUUGUUGAAAAAUGCAUUAUAGUUAUGUUUAAAGCUAUGUGCAAACGGUAAAUUACAAAUGAUAUUUUCCCACGUUGAGCUACUUAAAAUCAAUGUUCAUUGUCAUUAAAAUGUAUUUAAAGAAUUUUACUAGUAAUGUUGUAUAUUU